AUUUCGACCUACCCGGUUCUUGGCCAAUCCCCCGGAGUGGGUACGUGCCAGUAUAUCCCAAGGAUAUACAUCUACAACAAGAGAGGAAGAAGAAGCACCAGAGGAGGCUGCCGUGCAUUCUUUUGGAAUGAUGUACCAGGGCCCAGUUUACGCCAGGGACCGACAGUACCGGGUCCACCGUUGCCACUGGGAGAAGGUGUACGUCUACGACGACACGCUAUGGGUGGACCGGCACCUCAUACUCAGGCACCACAGGAUGCGUCGGAGUUUGCUGUUCCUGCUAACGACGGUCAUUGUCUUGGUGCCGUUCAUGCUGGGCUGCUUGCUCUACCGAAUAAGAGGCUUCGAGGACGUGAACCAGCUCUUCGGCUUCGGUAAACCCGUGGAAUCCACCAACGCCUACAACGACCGUGCCGGCAGGGAAGUGGCUCCGCACGCUCGGUGGGUGGAGCGCGGACACCGGUGGCAAACUCCGCAACGGGGUCUGCGCCUGUUCUCGGCCCACUACCGCCACGAGCUCGGGUCCUUGUCGAAGCCCACGAUACGAAUCAUUGCGCUUGCGACUACGGAAUUCCUGGACACCUGCCUUGUGCAAGCCCGUGUUGUCUACCGGGACUACCCGAACUCCUUUCCUACCGAACCUGUCGUGUGCAGACGGCUGUCCCACUCAUCGGAACAAGCAGAACCCAGCGCCUCUGUGAUACACGACGUGGUUCUCGAGUUAGCCACGGGUCAACCUGACGACCGUGUACCGGUCGCCUUGUCGAUCCAGACGAGCCAAGACCCCCAAUCCGCCGUGUGGAUCGCCGUCAACACGUCGUUCGUCGAGCCUUUCCGUGACAUGGAUUCUGUGGCCAUCUGCCUGCGCGUCAACGGCGCGAGCUCCGAACACGUGACCGAGUUGGCCGAGUGGUACCGGUCCCGAGGCGCGCGGCAGGUCACUGUUUACGGCGUCGCCACCAGAACAACGAGCACCGAGUUCAAAGCGCCUUCACUUAGGGGAGAGUUCGUGUCCUGGUACGACCCCGAGAUGCUCGUCGGAGUCUCGGACGCGACGGCUAAGUCGCUCAUGCUCCGCGACUGUGCGCUGCGCUCUUCGGCGACGUCCAAGUGCGUGGCGUUUCUGGGCGCCGACGAGAGGCUGGUGGUCGAGCCCCUGGGUUCUUGGGCCAAGUGCUGCUUGCGGGACCAGCGCCUACUGCGGAAAUGCGGAAACUCCUGGACGGUGUUUGUGGAACGACGCGAUGACAACGAGCUCUUAUCAGCUGGCGAGGGCUCUUCUUGUGAAGGAUCUGCUAGCGAGCCGACCCCGCACCACCGUUCGCCGACGACACUUUAUCGGCGCUGUGUCAACGGGACAAUGCGGGAGGCUGUACUCUUUCGCGUGGACGACGGCUUGCUGGACGGCUCGACGGUCGUGGACAAAAAUGCGAACUUUCUCCCGCCGUCCAUAGCCGUCUUGCGUCCAUUCGUAGCCACCAAACCUAGUAGUGGCCAGAGAAACACUUCCAAAGUCCGAGAGGCUUCUGCGUGGCUUUGAUCAUGCAUCAAGAAAAAUUCUCUGUAACUGUUUUUCU